AUGGCGCUGCUGCUGCUGCUGCUGCUGCUCUUUGCAAUUUGCCAUGUGGUGGUAGUCAUGGAGCAAAGCGAGGAGCUUUCCGAACUCCGAAGUCGGCUCAAGUCGGCGAAGGAGGAGCUACUGGCGGCGGGGUACCGCUGCCGGGAGGCUUCGGAGCGAAUGGCGCGAACAGCGUGCGACUUGGCGGUCACCGAGACGGAGCUCCGGGCGCACAAGGCCCAGCUCCAGCAGGCCGCCACGCAGCUGCAGGAGAUGCAGGCACGGUUGGAGGCGGCGGAGGGCGAAUUGGGCCUUACGCGGAGUCAGAAUCUGAUGAUGCAGAGGGAGGUGUCGCUGCUGCGGCGGCAACUUAGAGACGCCGGGACGCAGCUGGAGGGGCACCUGGCGCAGAGGGCGGCUCGGGAGCAUGGAUACGAGUACGACUAA